AUGGGCAAAGCAAAACUAGCCCCUAAAGCCGCUUCCACAAUUCCCAGACUAGAACUAUGCGCAGCAGUUCUUGCUACAGAAGUUGAAAACUAUGUGAGACAGGAGCUACAACUAGAAAUCGAUGAGUCCUGUUUCUACUGUGACAGUAAAGUAGUAUUAGGUUACAUCACUAACCGGAAACAUCGUUUCCACACCUAUGUCUGCAACCGGGUCAGCAAGAUACAUAGAACAUCAAAACCUGACCAGUGGAUGUAUGUUCCAACUGAGAAAAACCCAGCUGACCAAGCAACUAGGUCUAUCCCAGCUACUGAGUUAAAUGAUUCAUUGCAGCUACUGAAAUGA